CAAACGUAGCAUACGAAAACAUUCAGAAUUAUGAAAAUUUAGCACUGGACACACACAGACAGACGACGACGCACACAUUUGUUGUGAGGCAAAAUUGAUUCCGUAUUGAGAAAGAUAGCCAAAAGUCAGACAACCCGACCCGAUCCGAUUAUGUUUCCAUUCUCGUUCUGGCCGAGUGCCGUUGAGCAGAAGGAGCUGCGCGAACAGACUUCGCCCAUGUGGAAGCAUUUGAAUGAAACAUUUGUGGCCGUCCUCGGCUGGAGUUGGCUCAUCUACGUGGUGUCCGCACUGGUCAUCUUCGUUUGCGGUUAUUUCGCUUACUGCGAACGCCGCCGCCAGAUGGAGUCGACGCGACGUCUACGUGGUAUACAGCGGGCCCAAGAGAGACCCCCACAAAAGCGUCGCCCGAAUGCCGCCUAUAGGGAUCAUCAGAUAUAUCGCCAUAUCAUAUUGAGCGUGGCCAAGUACAUGAAGAAUCCGGAGGGCAUACGUCCGUUCAUUGAGCAAAUGGAUCAGCUUCAGUCCCUAAGGCCCUCGGUGUCCGAACGGGAACAGCAGGUGGACGAACUCUCCAUGCAUAUGCACAUAGCGCCGUCAAGAUCCAGUUAGAGGUUUAGCUACAUUUUGUGGCUUACAAAUUCAAAGUGAAAUCAGCAAACUUUUGGCACACUCAAUCAAAAAUAUACAGUACCGUGGAAAGAAUUAAACUAGCAUCGAAUUAAACAGCAGUAUGUGGUUCGUGCAUGCGCACUGGGCACUCAGGCCUGCUGCCUAAAAA